GGCUGGGAGCACGCGCCGGACAGAAAAUGCAACCUCCCAAAAAUAAAGCGCAAAGAUUGCAUUCAGCAGCGAGCAGCAAUGCAGAAAUAGAUGGCAGUCUCGUGUCAGUGAGUUUGCAUUCCCCCCUCCCCUUCCCUGGUCCAAGAGCUGGAGUCAGCAACAGAGCCCUGGAAGGCAAUAGCUUUUUACUACAAGUGGAGAAGUCCCCCCUCUUUGAUUGCUUGGCUGUCGGCUUGCACUGUACACGUUUGGGUGCAUCUGUCCCUUCUCAUUGGGUUGUCGAUGGGGCUCUUUUCCUUUUUUCUCCUUUUUUUCUCCACUCGUGCUUCUGCCUUGAUUCCCCCCCUCUCUUUGAAAGUGUGACUGCAAGUAUCUACAUAUAUUUAUAUAGAUACAUAUCGCAAACAAAAGCAAAAAGCCAGAGGAAAAGGAUAUCUGGAUUGAUUGCUCGUAAGGGUCUUUUUUCCCCUCAUUUUUAAUGAACAGAACUAAAGCCCCAUCACGAAAUUGCAAACACAAAUCUAAAAGAAAAAGGUCGGGGUUUGUUGUUUUUUUGCUCAGCAGCAGCAGCAGCAGCAGCAACAUGGAUGUGCUGGCUAGUUACAGUAUAUUCCAGGAAUUGCAACUUGUCCACGAUACCGGGUACUUCUCAGCUUUGCCAUCCUUGGAAGAGAACUGGCAGCAGACAUGCCUUGAGCUGGAACGCUAUCUGCAGACGGAGCCCAGGAAGAUCUCAGAAAGCUUUGGUGAUGACUUGGACUGUUUUCUGCACAGCUCCUCAGCUCCGGGGGCAGAAGACAGAAUGCAGCGGCUGGACCACCUCUUGCUACCAGUAGACAUGAGUACUUGUGACAAAAACACCACCAUGGAUGUUAUCCUCUCACGGGACAAACUACUGUCUGAGACUUGCCUCAGCUUACAGCCCACCAGCUCUUCUACAGAGGGCUUCACUACCGUUAACCAGGCGCAACUCAACGCAGUGACCUCACUAACACCGCCGUCUUCCCCUGAACUCAGUCGCCAUCUUGUAAAAACCUCACAGACUGUCUCUGCCUCUGCCUUGGAUGGCACAGUUACACUGAAACUAGUGGCAAAGAAAUCCACCCUCAGCUCAGUCAAGGUUGGUGUGGUAGUGCCAGCUAGCACAACGAAGUGUGCACUCAGCGACAGUGAGCAAGGAGGGGCAGGUGCAGAUGCUUCCCCGGAAAACAAGAAGAGAGUUCAUCGCUGUCAGUUUAAUGGGUGCCGGAAGGUUUAUACAAAGAGCUCACACUUAAAAGCCCACCAGAGGACUCACACAGGUGAGAAGCCUUACAAGUGUUCAUGGGAAGGGUGUGCAUGGCGUUUUGCACGAAGUGAUGAGCUCACACGGCACUACAGGAAGCACACGGGAGCAAAGCCCUUCAAGUGCAACCAUUGCGACAGGUGUUUUUCAAGGUCUGAUCACCUUGCCCUGCACAUGAAGAGACACAUCUAAAGCAGCCAAGAUUGCUCAGUGUAGCCCAGAUGCAGCCAGACCUAAGCUUCAUGGGGAGAGGAGCGGAACAGAAUUGCCUGUCUCUUGCUGCCUGUCAGGAGAAGAGAACUUGAUCACAUGUAAACCUCUGUACACAAAACAUGCACUAAUUGCUGUCAUACACCCAACUAUACUUAAUGAUGUACAUCUGUUCUCAAUGCCUUGCCCAUCUGGAAGGCAGAAGAUAUGUGAGAGGAAAAGGGGUGCAGGAGAAGUCAGUAAGACACACACAGUUGCUUGUUCAGGACUCUCGCAUUUUUGUUCUCUGUUUAUUGCCAAUGGAAAUCAAUCCAGAUGGAAGAGGAUUCCCUUCAGGUGGACAGCAACAGGAGAAGUGACAAACUUCUCAGUGCAAUUUGAUGAGGGUGGAGGAACAUGAUUUGGAGUUGCAAAUUUGUAGCACUAACUUUUCUUUUUUAAAUAGAGUUUGAAGGGAAUACUAAUGACCUAGAAAAACCAAAUCCCAGUUUGGUAGCCAAAAUGUUAAUAUGUCUUGGUUCCGUUUUUGUUUUUGAAACUCCCUUACGUACAAUGUUGCAUCAAGACUCCUCAAGAACACUUUGAUUGGCUCUAGCUCUGGCUGUUCAUAGAACAGAGCUGUCAAGAUCCAUUUAAGUCAAUACCAAUGGCCUUAAUUGGCAGUAGACUGUGCAGUGACACCUAGGACACACCUACCAUUUUUCUUGCUUGAACUGGUAUAGAUUUCAUCAAGGAUAUCGAUUUUUGUUUUGUUUUGUUUUGGUAUUUGGUUAUUGCACACCAUGUGCACUAGGGGACUAUGGAACCUGCUGGUGUGAUUUCACAGUGGUUGGCCAGUGAAGUUCCUGAGCAACACCACAGUGUAUCUUUGGAGGCAUCACCGUAUUGCCAUAGUUCAGACUUCCUAUUUAAUUGCCUAAUGAAAACUUGAAAGAAAGCUUACUUGGAAGCUUUGAACCAUUUCCCUGUGUUCCUCAGAACUGAUUUACACACCUGGAUAUCUGUCUUGGAUUCUACCACUCAGGCAUGACUUCAGGUUUUCCUUCUGCACCAUGGUGGGGGCAUACUUGUUGCAACCUACAACGAUUGGUUAGCGGCUCUAGUCACUUGUUCUUGCUAGCCCCUUUACCCAGUUAAAUGUCUGGUAACUUGUUUGUGUGUCUAGCACCUGUGAGAGAUAUACUUUUGCAUUGAGCAGACCUGUAGAAAUGUGAUCAUCAUUGGUGGAAAAGUGAGAACCUUUUCUAGAUAAAUCCCAUGCAACACUCUGCUCUAGAGAAAAUAGCUACCUAAAUUCUCCUUUCCCAUUUAUCACAUUGAUAUAAUGUUCCCACUCUUCUAACAUGUUAAUGGUUAAAUGAAAGGGAUUGGCUUUUUGGUGAGCACUGACUUCCUUCCAGAUGACAAGUUUAAGUAAAACUAAAAAAAAAAAAAAAGAUAAUGUGCAUGGGUCCACUUUGACCAAUGGUUGUACCAGUUAGUGAUCAAUGGAGGCAUCAGACUCACCUUUGAAUCUUGUAGAUAAUUUGGUUGUAGGUCAAAGUGAAUUUAUUUCUCUGUUCUGUACACACACACACACACACACACACACACACACACACACACACACACACACUAUAUAUACAUGUCUGUUUCUAGCUAGUUGGAGCUGGCACUGAUUCCAAAGACUCCCUUUUCAAACUAUCUCUCAUGCAGGUGGAGAGUUAGUCGUUGGGAAUGGUUGUGUAUAGUCAAUGAUGUGGGACCAUCCCUGCAAGACAUGCUGAGAAAUAAGACAGCACGUGAUUCUCCCUUGGUUGCUGCUCUUCCACUCACUAAACUAGCUCACUGCCCUUCUUUUGACUGUUUUUUGACUUGCUGACUGUUCAGUAAUUUCCUAAUUAAUGUUUAGGAUGCAAAAACUUAAAGGAUUCUUUUAUAUAUAUAGAAUAUCUAAAAUUGUAUAAUGUACGUACAGACACAGGGAUUCUUAGCACUUAGCCAUUUGGGCUUUUUUUUUCCAUCUUUGAUUUCACCAAACUGUCUUGUUUUUGGAUCAGAGUUCCUGUGUACACUGUGACUGUCAGUGGCCAUUUGUGUUGCAAAUACAUGGUCUGGCCCUUAACGAUGGAAUGAGAAAUGGACCAAAAUCUAACCAUCUCUACAAGGGCAAUUAAUGUUGGCAUUUAAGAAUAAGGGAGAGACCUAAGUUUUAUUCCAAAGAUUUAUGGUUAUCAAUUAUUUAGAAAAUAUUGGAGCACUGUUUGCUGACAAUCUUAUACUUACCCAUAUCUGUGUUUGCAUAUUUUCUAUUCCACCCAGGGGUUCAAUGGGCAUUUUGAUAGCCCUGCACCUUGGUAUUUGACUAUUGUAUGACAGCUUUAGAUACCAGCUGUGGGAAGAUGACUGAACAUCUAAUCUAGUCAGUGUGUUGACUGAAAAAUCUAUGCUGUCCAAGAAAUAUUUCUUGUACCAUUCUGUGUAAAGUACAUACAUGUUUGUCAUGAUAGUAGCCCUUGGGUAAUAUCCAUGAAUGUCAUCACCUGAAAUGCUGUUAAAUCAUAUUGCCUCUAGAACUUGUAGGGAUUAUCUACAGGCGUUGGUGACAAAUUUAAUAUAAGCCUGUCUUUUAAAUUAUUAAAAGUGGGUGGGAGUGGGAAGCUUGGGGAAAGAAAAGGAAUGAUAUCGAUUUACCUCCUAUUGUUUGUGGUCUUGCUAACUUAUCUAAGCGCAGCAGAAUGUGAAAUCAUUAAUACCCCUUAGAUGGCUGGAAAACCUUAUUCUAGGCAAGUUGUAGCAGGAAUUCUGUUUCAUAUACUUGGUUCAAAAACACUGCAGUGGUAGGUUGGGAUCUCUGUAUUGUUCCAAUAUUGGCCCUGUCUCUAAUGGCUUCCCCAUAUUAGUGGGAUGUUAAUGUACACUUAUUUGCAAGAAAGACCAGAUAAAAUAAGCAGAAGUUGCUCCUAGGGAAAUCUGGAAAAGAUAAAACUACCAUCAGUGAGGUGGUGAGCCAAGGGGCAGAAGCCACCACAGUUCCCUAGUGACCAAGGAAAAGAUGAGCUCGACUGCUUUCAUAGGCAGCUAUGCACUCUCCCACCAGGCCAGGGUGCAAGGUUAACUCAUGAACAGCACCCUGGCCCAUCAGCUUUGCCUUGUGCUUUCAGCACCACUCUGCAGUGCCCAGUCCUGCUUUCCUUGGUCAGCCUUCAGCAGUGACACUCUUGUGCUUCCCAGCGAGCCACUUCGCCAGUUGUGAUGGACUCAGUCAGCCUUGCCAAUCGUAUAAGGAAAGGAGUGGAGGUCAGUGGGAUUCAACCUACCAGUCAGCUUGUUUGGGGUUGCAGUGGUAGGUAUGUGCCCCCCUUCCUUUUGAGACAGAGUGUGACCACUUAGAGCAAGGGUGGGGGACAGAUGUUGUUGGGCUUCAUCAGCCCUAGCCAGCCUAGCCAAUAGUGAAGGAUGGUGGGGGUUGAGUCCAGCAGCAUCUAUAGUGCCACAUGUUCCCCAGCCUUUAGCCCAAAAGACGUCCAUGCCUGAUGGUGCCAUAGCAACAAUGACUUGUGCUUUUUAGAGGUUUCCUUUUUCAUAUUACAAGUCCAGAGGAACAUGAAGAGUUUGUACAUAUUUCCAGAACUUACUUUCAACACUUGUCCUUUCUCCUCUUGGCUUUCAUUAUCCUGUACAAAUUGGAUUUUUAAGAGAGAUGAUUUUCCGCUGUUAUGCUGGCCAGCUUCUUUGCCCUGGAGGCUGAUCUUCAUGCUGCUCUCCCAACAGGAGCAGGGCUGGCAAAGAAGAGGCAUCUGCUCAUCUUUUCCAGCCCAGGGAAGUAUAGACAGCAAAGCAGGGAAGGGGCCAGAUCUGACCCAUGGCAUUCCAGUUGGGCACCUUGCUGCUGGAGCACUGCAUGAAUCAUGCUGGUAGAAAGACACAAAGCCCAUGAGCCAUGUGAGUGGCUGCAGAAGUAGGGUUCCUGUUGCUUCAGCAGCCGUGCUGUUUGGCAUCCCAUUUUCAGUAUGCCAGUUUAUUUCCAUUAGCUAUUGGUUGCAUGGUAUUCUCAGCAUCAUUUUUUUCUUUAUCAUUUGUGCUGCAAAUUUCUGAUAGAUCCCAUGUUAAAGUGGCUCAAAAGAAAAAUCUGACUUAAAAAAACCACAUUCACAUGGGGGUAAGGCACUGAGAAUCUUGUCUUCCCUGCCAAACAUAGCUAAUAGCAUUAGAAACUGUAAGAUUUGUUCCCAGCCCUCUUAAAAAUAUUUCUUUUGUCUUUCUUUCAUGGGAUUAAAACAAUGCUUCAUUAUUUUCCCCCCAAAGGCAGUGGAAUGGAAGGAGGCCCAUAUCAAGAAUGUAUUUUUCUGUUUUAACGCAGAAACUGGUGGGCUCUUCAAACAUGCAAACGAGCAAGCAAGUGAACACCCCUUUUAAUGAUGCUCCUGGAGUCAGGAAUCAAAAGUGCCCUGCAUGUGGCUAUUGGUGGUGGUGGUUGGUUUAAAUUUGGCAUGCUACCAGACCACAGGUUCUGCACACCCCUGCUCUGCGUUCCUGAAUACACAUGCACACCUAUACUAAAUGUAACCCUCUCAGAUGAAAUGGAGUGUCAACUAUCCUUGAUGUAGAAACUAUCAGUGCCUAUUUCUUUCUGUCUUGGUGAGGGUACCAGCAGCUCCCAGUGGAUUUUAGAAAUAGUGUCACCUUACAUAAGGAUGCUUUUGCCCGUACUGGAAUGCACACAUUGCGGGGUACAGUGAGCGAGCAGACUGCAAACUGGGGAGGAAAAAUUGGUGACAGGAAUACCCUGAAAGUGAAAUAGUAUGGUGAACAAUGCCGUUUGAAGGGGAAAUUGUUUUAUCAUUUGAGUUGCACUGAGUAAGAAUCAGCUAUCAACACAAAGUUUCCUGGAACAUCCAAUUUAUUUUUUAUUCCUGUGUGAAAGAUUGUUACCUGGGUAGAUGACUCUGUAUGGUAUAUAUGGUUGCAAGGUCCAUCUGGAAAGACAUUCCUAAGAAUUAAAAGGUUUUACAUUUAUGUUACUUAGGACACAAUUCUAUGCCUAUUUUAGGCAGAUUGGCUGGCUGGAGCCGUAGAACUUUUUUCUCUCUAAAACUUGCAUAGAAUUGCAUCCUCAGUGUUUGUAAUACAUGGAUGUUAGCUGUUACAGCCUAUGGCCAAGACAUGUAAACAGUUUGUUGGAAGGCCAGUUGACCAGAUCAGCUAAACCUCAAACCCCAUUUUUCCAUUGUAAAAAUACAGCAUGUUAUAUAUCCAUUUUUCAUAUGUUGUUGAGCUCUGUGCUUGCUAGUCCCUGACUGUCAAAAUGUGAAAAUGAUUUGAAACACUAGCUUGUUACUUAGGCUUUGCUACAACAUGGAGUUGCAUGA